AUGCCGAAAAUGAGGAAACUGGCCGAUUUAACGGCCGAGGAAUUGGAUGAAAUAAAAUCCAUUCGGCAAGAAGCGUCCACUUCCAAGGCCAUAGAAUUAAGGGAAGAGCCUUCAGAGACGCCCUCCCAGCUGUCCAUUGCACUGGACGAGUCAUGCGUUUCUUUAACGCCCUCAUUAUUUGAGGGUUUGGAAACGCAAGGCAAAAAUAUGGGUAUACUUCGUCAAGUCUGUGGCGUGACGAAGGAACAAGAAGAAGGGCAGCAGGAGGAGGAGCAGCAAACGGAGCAGCAACAACAACAGCGAGAAGAGCAGGAGCAGCAGGAAGAGGAGGAACAGGCUUGCCGAACACCGCCAUUGAUACUUCGAACGGAGGAGGAGAGCGAGGAAGAGUUCCAGGCACCAUCCACGGCGUCGGAGCUGCUGUCGUCCUUCCGUUGGAAGUGUCGGGCGGCGGAACAAAUUCAAAAGGUGCGCCGUAGUGACCUGUUACGCAAAAAGGCCAAAUAUGAAAAAGACGUAAAAAGAUAUUUCAACAAAGUUUGCGAAUUUCAGAGACUAUUGGCAGAACGAAAAACGCAACUCGCGGAAGUGAACAAACAACUAAUCCAGUGUGAAAGUAGUGCGAAAGGGGUGAAAGAAUUGAUGAACAAAAUAAAUUUAGUGUAG